AAAAUAUAGAUCUGUUAACAAGUUUCUAUUAUUAUUUCGUGAUUAUUUUGACGCAAUCUUCACGAAUUUUGGUUCAAUAAUAAAUGAAAAAUUACAAUCGUUCUUCUUCUUUACGCUGCUAUUAGGGCAUGCAGCAGUAUGGAUAAAUAUAUCAUUAAAACAAAAAGAACUUCUUGUAGUGGCUCAACGGAAAAAGUUUCAGAGAAGCAAUUUGUUCAAGCUACUAUCCACUCGUUACAAGGAGUGGUUAUUGUGGAAGAUUUAUGGCGAUUAAAGUCAGUCUUGCGUCUUGAGGGCCAGAGUGAUGAAAACCUACUUCAAGCUUUAACUGAACUGGACAAAAAGAUUCCACCAAGGGACCUGCUACAGAAAACAAAAAUAGGCCAUACACUGAAGAAAGUGAGCAAACAUUCCAACAAUGAGGUUUCCCGUCAAGCUACAGCACUUAUAAAUAAAUGGAAGGCACACUUUGAGAGUAAACUAGACCGACCACAAAUUGAAGUAAAACAGGAUAAGAAGACAGAAAAAUUAAGGAAAUCUGGACGCAAUUUGAUUGCAGAUGCCCUCGGUUCCACUGAGAAAAAACAGUUAUGUGAGAGCAUAGAGAGAGAAGUAUUCCACCAGUGUAAACGUCUUGUGAACAAUGCAUACAGGAGGACAAUGAGGAAAGUCAUAUUUACACUAAAACAUAAGGAGGAAAUCAGAACUAAAGUGAUGAGUUUAGAGAUGGAUAUAAAAGACCUUGUGAAAACGUCUUUGAAAACCUGAAACUUAUUGGAACUAUUGAUGAAUACCUCAGAUAAGAUUCUCAUUCAAUGAAAGCUAAAGUUGAUGAUCUCAAUAAUAUGUACAUCGUGUUUUCUUCAACAUCAAAAAGGAUUCUUAACAGAACACAUUAUUCAGUCAGUAUCAUGUAUUUGUAGGUUGUAAACUACUACACUAGUAAAGUAAAACAUUGUUAUCAAAAUGUUUGCAUAGAAAAUCAUUGAAUAAUAUUUUAUAUUCAAUUGACAUAAGUAUGGAGUUGUGAAUGGCUUUUCAAAAGAAAACUGUUUCACACAUUUUUAGUGAAUGUUGGUGUCGGAGCAUAAGACAAAUUAUGUUUUCUAUGGUGUGAAAAUACAGGAUAUAUUUCCUCACUCCAUUAGAUCGCUGAAAGUUGCAUUAUCAUUGAAUAAAAAAAUUAUAAAAUCUUAUAAAAUAAUAC